AAUAACCAUUCAGAAAGACCAGAGACAGAGAGAGAACCCCCUCCUUUCUCUCUCCGCCGUCCCUCUGCCCAAUGAAGCUCCUCUAUGGAGUCCACUUCUGCUGACCCAACAGAGCUCUUCAUCAUCUUCUCCUUCCUCUGGUACCCAGUAAACCCCUAAAAGUCUACGCUUCAGAAGCUUUGGAAAUGCCGGGUCCGGGGCCUCACCUGGUGUACAGUCUUGGAGUGGGCACCGGACUCAUGCACCUCUCUGGCGGUUGGUUCAGCCCUCACCACUGUCUCGUCUACGCCCUCAACUCCUUCCUCGGCCCCGACCUAGGCUCCUUCUCCGAAUGGCUCACCUCCUCCCUCGGCGCCGGCGAGGACGUCGGCUCCUCCCUCAUGGAUUUCCUCCACCAUCCCUUCUACUACGUCCUCAUCCUCGGCGUUCCACUUGCGUUUUUCUACGGCUGGCUCUCCAAAGUUGCCCUUCAGAGGGGCGUCCUGGGCACGAUUUCUGGGAUGCCUCUUAAAAGAAGGCAGUGCUUAUUCUUGGUGGCUGCAGGAUCAUUUUCGCAUUUUUUCUUAGACCACCUAUUUGAGGAAAAUGGACAUUCUCCAACAUAUAUGUGGAUCCUGAGCACAGGUUGGUGGCAAGAGCGCGCUCCAAAUAAUCCUGACGCUGUUGUGGUAGUGGGAGUCUUAACCGCUUGCUUGCUGAUUGGAUUUAUUUACAUCAACAGCACGUGUUCUGGAAAAUCUUUGGUGAACCAAACUAGUCGGUCUGUAAAACUUAUUGUAGUUAUCGUACUUCUGUAUUGCCUGUGGUGCUCAAGUCAAUUAUACUGGAGAAAUCCUCCUCAGCCACCUGUAGGGGAAGAGGCAGAUCUUGGAGUAUUUGUCUUUCUUGGUGUUUACUUCUUCCUCCCACAUGUCUUAUGUAUUGCUUCGAUAGACCAGAAAGAACAUCUUGAGCUGGGAGAGCAGCUGCCAAUAUGAUCAAACCUGCUGCUUCCUUGAAGCACUUGAGUUGGAUGAGUUUUGUUUCCUGCACCAUGUUCAUGUGAUUCAGUGCCUAUGAGAAGACAGCUGCAAGUUGAUGACUCUGAAUUCUUCAUUUGGCUCCUUUUAUAGUAGAUCACCGCUACGUAAAUCCUUCAACUAGUCAUUGUCAAAGUAAAUUGCAAAAAUUGUGUCAACUAACACCCGUUUGUUGGAUCGCACCGGGUGAGUUUGUCCACCUGUUGUACUACUACACUUUCUUCUUUUUUAUGAGGCUAGUUACAGACGCAGAGGGAGAAAUUUAUAGGGUUUUUGUUGAAACAAAUGUAUCUAGUUUUCUUUCUUUGGUGUGAAAAUGCAGAAAACGGUUGUACCAUUAUGUAUCCGUUGUUUGUUACUUGCAGUCUUGCAGAUAACUGUAAGACUUAUUGAAAAUCCUCAUAUUA